AUGGAAUUGUUGAACUUGAACAUCAUUACAUGUACUUUCUGUGUUUUCAGGAGCGUGCUGUGUGUUUUACUGGUCGCUGUCGUUGUUACAUUGGAUGCAAGCCAAGAAGAGUCAGAUUGGCUGGCAAGGUCUUUGCGUGCGGCAAGCCGCGAGAAAAGGACUCACAACAAAGACAGGAGACAUAAAAUAGAUGCUGGCAAGAAUAGCCUGAUAGCAACAGACGAACAGGAGAGUUGUUGUUUCAAUGGCGGAAUUUGCAUCAUGAAUUCAUUCUGUCACUGCAAAAAGAACUUCUACGGACGCUACUGUGAGCACCGUGUACGUCACCGUUCAUGCGGAACUAUUCGUCACGGAACGUGGAUGGCUGCCGGUUGUCACCUUUGUCACUGCUUCGAUGGCGAAAUGACCUGCAAAGUUACAACUAUUCGUGGCUGUGAUAAAUUAUCAUACGUCGAAGGUUACGAAAAAGACCCAGACUACAUGGUUGGAAUGGACAAGAAGGUGGAAGAUUACGAUAAAUUUUAUGACGAAUACGACUAUUCACCGGAAACGGAAGUUCAGAUGUCUGGUAUCGCUAAAUUGGAAGCUUCAGCAUGGCUAGUGAUUACAGUGGUGAUAACGAAGGUUGUCCUAAGAAAUUUUGACUCCUGAAGAUAUUAGAAUCGUCUAUCGGAGGAAAACAAAGCAACACAGCCAUUUGUCUCCCGAAAAUGGUUCUCUUGAUUAUCAGAGAAUUGUUUGCUAAAAGCCAACAAGAAGUUGCACGAGGAUAGCCUCAUUACAGUCAGUGAAAGAAUUGUCUCAGUUCGAAUGACAAUGGACAAAAGGCGAAAUGGCCUUGAGCUCGUGCCAAUAACUGCGCAGCGGUGUUAUGCGCAAACAUCGCAUGUUCUGUUCAAAGUGAAUAUGUUGCAUGAACUUAAAACGUAGAGGGACGAUUAUUGUAAAAUGUGAAAAUGGUAUGAACUAUUUGCUUUGCUUAAUACCAUUACAUUAUGCAUGGAAGUCUGGACAAAGACAAUGUCAGUGUAUACUAAAGUAUCUACUUUCAUUCCUUAAGUGCUAAUUAAUUGUAAAUACGUGAUUCUAAGUCAUAUGGAAAUGUUUGUUAAUUUGGUGCAAUUUUGUUACAUUAUUUUCUGCAAUAAUAAAUAA